UUCUUAACUUGCCAUCCGUAAGCGUAAAGUCGAAAGAUUGUCCACGAUCUUCUUCUAUGCUUAGCUUAAUGCUUACUCUCUCUUCCCACUCCCUGCGACUUCCAUCAUCGAUGUCUCUUUAACAGUUUUAAGAACGACGUGGAGAUCCAAUCACCUAAAUCCUCUUACGUCAUCUCUACCGUUCAAUCCCAGUAGUCUCUAUCUCUUUCCUCCUCCGAUAUGUUGAUAUGUGUAUGUGUUUCCCCAUAUAUAUAUAUCCACAUCUUCCACACUCACAGAAACACACAAUUUUAAGCCAAAGAACCCCUCUUUAUCUGAUAAUGAAAACGGCUUUUACAAUGAGACCCUCCUCCUCCGUCAUCUCUCUUCUCUUCUUUCCGGUGCUUCUCCUCCUCUGUUUUUCACCGCCCACCGGAGAAGCACGUCCUUCUUUCGCUUGCAAUCCAAGCGAUGUAAAUACGAGGAGCCUACCCUUCUGCCAAGUGUCUCUACCGAUACCGGACAGGGUGAAUGACCUCAUCGGACGGCUGACAUUGCAGGAAAAGAUAGGGCUCCUCGUCGACAACGCCGCACCGGUGCAGAGGCUGGGCAUCAGUGGUUACGAGUGGUGGUCGGAGGGGCUUCACGGAGUUUCCAACGCGGGUCCCGGUGUUAUAUUUGGUGGGAGUUUCCCUGGGGCCACCAGUUUCCCACAGGUCAUCACCACCGCUGCUUCCUUCAAUACCUCUUUGUGGAAACAAAUCGGACGGGUGGUGUCAACUGAAGCGAGGGCGAUGUACAACGGAGGAGUGGCGGGACUGAAUUACUGGAGCCCCAACGUAAACAUUUUCAGAGACCCCAGGUGGGGCCGGGGCCAGGAGACUCCCGGUGAAGAUCCGGUUUUAGCUUCUAAGUACGCCGUCAACUACGUGAAGGGACUGCAGGAGCCAUACGGCACUGACGGUAGCAGGUUGAAGGUUGCUGCCUGUUGUAAGCACUACACCGCCUACGACGUCGACAACUGGAAUGGCGUCGAUCGCUACCACUUCAACGCCAUGGUUAGCAAGCAAGAUUUGAAAGAUACGUUUGAUGUGCCGUUCAGGGCGUGUGUGUCCGGAGGGAAGGUGGCGAGUGUGAUGUGCUCUUACAAUCAAGUUAACGGAGUUCCUACCUGUGCCGACACCAACCUCCUCCGCAACACCAUCCGUGGUAAAUGGAAACUCAACGGGUACAUCGUUUCAGACUGCAACUCUAUUGGGGUUUUUUACGAUACUCAACACUACACUGCAAAACCUGAAGACGCAGCUGCGGCCGCCAUUAAAGCAGGUAUGGACUUAGAAUGUGGAUCUUUCCUGACUGACCACGCUGAUCAAGCACUGAAGACAGGGAAGAUGAGCGAGUUGGAUGUGAAUGGUGCCUUAGCUAAUACCCUAACAGUGCAGAUGAGGUUAGGUAUGUACGAUGGAGAGCCAUCGGCACAGCCAUUUGGGCAAUUGGGUCCACUGGAUGUUUGCUCGCCGGACAACCAACAGCUCGCCCUUGAGGCCGCUCGACAAGGCAUCGUCCUUUUGAAGAACGGUGGGUCAUCGCUACCCCUAUCUCCCCUUCUUCACCGGACGAUCGCCGUCAUCGGGCCCAACUCCGACGUCACGGUUACCAUGAUUGGGAACUACGCCGGCGUUCCAUGUGGAUACACUACUCCGCUACAGGGGAUCGGGAGAUACGCUACAGCCAUUCACCAACCGGGAUGUAGCGACGUGGCGUGCGACAGCAACGACAUGUUCGGUGCGGCUCUGGAUGCCGCGCGUCAAGCAGACGCGACGGUGCUGGUGAUGGGGCUGGACCAGUCCAUCGAGGCUGAGCUCAAGGAUAGGGUUGGGCUACUCUUACCGGGACGCCAGCAGGAACUGGUCUCUAGUGUGGCCAUGGCCUCCAAGGGACCCACAGUGCUGGUGUUGAUGAGUGGUGGGCCCAUUGACGUUUCAUUCGCUAACGACGAUCCGCGUAUCUCUGCUAUCCUCUGGGUGGGGUACCCAGGCCAAGCCGGAGGGACGGCCAUCGCCGAUGUGUUGUUCGGAACAACUAACCCAGGAGGCAAGCUCCCCAUGACGUGGUAUCCGCAGGACUAUAUCGCUAACCUGCCCAUGACGACCAUGGCCAUGCGGUCAGACCCAGCCACAGGUUACCCAGGGAGAACCUAUAGGUUCUACAAAGGCCCAGUUGUGUAUCCCUUUGGGCAUGGAAUGAGUUACACAAAUUUCGUGCACACCAUUGCUGAUGCCCCUAAAGCGGUCGCCGUCCUCUUCGGCGGUGGACAUUCUAGCUCCAAUACCACAACCUCAGGGAAGUCAAUAAGAGUGGCACACGCCAAAUGCGAUGGGCUCUCGGUUAGUCUAAAUGUCGACGUAAAGAACUCCGGCGCCAAGGAUGGAACUCACACCCUUCUCGUAUUCUCGGCGCCGCCGGCCGGUGAGUGGGCUCCUCAAAAACAGUUGGCGGCAUUCGAGAAGGUGCACGUCCCGGCUGGGUCUCAACAACGGGUCAGUAUCAACAUACAUGUGUGCAAGUAUCUCAGUGUUGUGGAUAGGAAUGGAAACAGAAGAAUUCCCAUGGGUGAACAUAACCUCCACAUUGGUGAUCUCAGUCAUCCCAUCUCUAUCCAAGCUAUGUCUCUUGGGCAGAUCAAAUCAUAGUAACCAAAGCUAUGGCAGUGAUCAUGCCCUUUGGCUUCCUUCCACCAAGCAAGAGAAGUAUAUCCAUCCCCAAUCCCCUCUCUGUGAGACAAAUUCUCAUUGGAACAAACCCGUUUGCUUGGACCUGCCAUUGUUUUAUGGUGCUGAUCCAAUUCCAAUAACCCUCGGAUAAAGGAAGAGGAUUUUAGUGUUAGAUAGGCAUUGUUUGGAUCUUUUAAUUUUAUGUAUUAAAAGAAAGGUGAAUUGUUAUUCACACAAAGUCUGUAAUUUUUUCAAUGUCAUAAAGAAUCUAUUUUUCUAUGUA